AAGCGGUAGUGACGCUCAAAUAAAACGAGUCGGCACCUGGCCCAACCCGCCCCGCCCCGCUCGCGCCAAGACAGCACAUCAGUUUGUUUUGGAGGCGGCGGGAUACGAAUGAGUCUGCACUGUGGCUGGUUGAGACAGAAAAAUGACAUCAAGGAGAAAAUCUGAGACACCAAGAUCGUCAAGAUCCUCCUUGAGAUUGCGUAAUAUUUCUGCAUCUCAAGGAAGUGCUCAGACUAGCAGAGAGGAAACUCCUAGACCAGUGGAAAAGACAGCAACAAAAAAUCAGACUCCAGCACAACAAGCUUCAAACUAUGGGAGAAUUAGAUCUACUUUGAAGUCAUCAAGAAUAAAGAGUAUGAUUACCAAGACACCUGGUAAAUCUGGGCGAACUACAUCCUAUAGGACACCUAGGCUGGAAACUGUACCUUGGCAUAGAGUUUCAGGCCAAACUUCUGCAAAGAAGAGAGAUGCAAAAAUAUGGAAUGAGGAUCUUAAAGGACUUAUGAAGAGAUCCUUGAAGUUGUGUAACCUUAGUUCCAUGACUAAUUUCAAGUAUAAAGAUGAGAAACUAAGAACAAAAUACCAGAAAACUCUGAAAAGUAAGGUGUUGGAAGCAUACCCAAGUCCAUUGGUGAAGGUUAAACUCAGUGUUACCUCCUGCCUCUCUUGGCAGUCAUCUGUUGUUGAUGCUGUAUGGCUAGAAGUGUCAUCUCUGGUUCCAGGGGAAACUGAAGUUGAGGACAAAAUGGUGGUUGUUUACAGUGCAUGGCUCAUCCAUACAAAAUGUACUCAGAGCUCCAACUUGAAAAAUGUGACCUGGUUACCUCUCAUGCUGUAUACAGGGCGAGAGUUAAUACACCAGGUGGUGGUAGACUGGCUGCAAGGGUCCUUUGGGUGCUAUGUGGCUCGAAGUGGAAUGCCACAGAACAAUCUCCUGUGGUUGACAGGAAUUUGCACCAGAAUGAGAUGUCGCAACUCGGCUCAUAAUGUAGGAGAUGCAAAAAUAGACUUCAACUACUUGAUUGUCCCUCCUUGUGGAAUGACCAGCUUCUCUCCACCAAAUAACAGAGGCAAACCAAGAGUCACAAUCAGGCUUCUACUCAGGGAUGUCCUGGAAGUAUGGAACCGGUUCCUGGACAAUGACAUUGAUGAAAUAAGCUUGGAAGACCUGCAAAAAGUCAUAUCAACCAUAGACAGUAUGACAUCAAACACCAUUGGCAUACCCUCAUCACUCCUGAGACUGCAACAAGUGCGCACUCCUUGUGUUGUUCUCAGUAACAGUGGAAAGGUACGGUUGAUGUGUCGGCACAGCAUGGCACUGGUGAUUCAUUGUUUCAUGGAUGUCUUCAUGCAGAUGUGUACUUGUUACAAUCGUGAUGAUUACAUGCAGGAUUUAGAGGAGGACAGCAUGGCUGAGUUAAAUAAUAACUUGGAAUGAAACUAUGCAGUGGACAUAUUUUUUGAAGUUUUCUAAUUAUAACAAACUAGUUUUAAAUUUAUACAAUUUCCAGUUAUAGUUAUAAUACCAUCAUCUCAUGAGAGCUGCAUUUACAUUCUUAUAGAAAACUGGUGCAGAACUUUUCUGCUGUAGUGGCAGGCUCCACCUUGAUGGAGCCUGCCAUCACUAACAGUUACAUUGUACAUGAGACCGUAGUAAGGCAUUAAAUCACAAAUACUAUAUCUUAGUUACAUUUGUACACGAGACCAUAGCAAGGCAUUAAAUCACAAAUACUGUAUCUUAAUUUGUGAUGAAUAACUCACUGUCUUCCAUAAAGUAUCAUCAGUAUUGUAUUCAUGAGAAUGAUUGGUGCAGCUGCAUAGUACAAGGGACAAUAAAAGACAAACAGGA